UUUGCGUCUGUGGUGGAAACCUAGGCGCCAUCUUCGGUCUACCUUAAGCGCACAAUGUGGCCAACGAACGCAAGCGUACCAGCCAGGCUUCCGUCCUCAUUCUCCUGCCGGGGAUCGCACUCUGGUUUCCCAGCUUUGACACAGCGUCACUUGUGAAACAACAGACGGGGAAAAGACGCACUCGGGCCAAACCCCAUCGGCACCAGCUGGAGAAGAUGUCCGAGCCCAAUAAGUACCGAGAGUGGAUCCUGGAAACAAUCGACUCUCUCCGUUCGAGGAAAGCCCGUCCGGAUCUGGAGAGGAUUUGUCGAAUGGUCCGGAGACGACACGGGUCAGACCCGGACCGAACCAGGACAGAACUGGAAAAACUGAUUCAAGAGCAGACGGUGCUCAAAGUUAGCUACAAGGGGUCCAUAUCGUACCGAAACGCGGCGAAGGUGCAGAGGAAAAGCAGAAAGAAGAGUGAGUUUACGGCGGCUGGCAGCGGCAGCAGCAGCAGCAGCAGCAGCGCGGAGGCAGCGAGGGAGCGGACCAAACACGACCAUCUGAACAACAACGGCGACAGUGCGCACAGCUUCACCGACCAGGAGGAGGGAGAGGAGGACUCUGAGCCCAGCCCAGAUCCCCACACUCAAACAUCAGCCAGCACCACUGGCAAGAAGCUCAAGCCUGCCUCCAGCCGAAGUAGCGGAAACGGGUGCCUCAGUUGUGGCGCAACAACGGGCUGCGCUGUCGGGAGCGGCUGUAAAGAGGAGAAAGCAAGUGCACCGAGAGACAAGGGAUUAGGACAACAGGGAGUGGGGGGCAGCCCGUCGCCCGGUGUCGGCCACAGAACGAGCGCACACGACGCUGGUGAUGGCAGCAGGACAACCACGAGCAAAACCGAUUCAGUUCGCGGGGGGAAGGAGCCUGGUCUGUCCGGAGCUGACACCCAGAACAAAACUUGCUCUGGGAGCGUCAGCAGCCUCCCUCCACAACAGAAGCAGUCUGUGCCCCUCAAAGCCAAACUUCGAGUCGGAGGAGGGGGCACCAAAACAGCAGGGAACCACGCCAACUCCGACCUGGGCGACAGAGUGGUGGCUUCUGUUCGCAGCCUGUCCGAGAGGAGCCUCCGAGGGGGCUCCGCCGCCGCCGCCGCCGGCGCCACCACCAGAGGCCACAUGAAGCCGCUCGGGCUGAAGGAGAUUUUGGGCUAUCUGAGCAGCCAGGAGCGGCUGUCGGAGGAGAAGCUGACCCGAGGCAAAGUCAAAGUGGUCAUGGAGAGAGAGGUGGCGAGAGGCAGGCUGCGCAGGACCCGCUGCGGGAACAUUACUCUUCCGCUGAGGGGGAUGGUGGUGGAGGAGCCGAUGCCGAAGAAUGCGUCCGCUGACAGACUUGCGAAGAGCGCACUGCAGGACAAGCACGCUGUGAAAAAGCCGCCGCCCUCCCCCCCUGUCCAGGAGAAUGAGCCAAUGGAAGUAGGCAGCGAAGAAGAGGAACGGGAAGAGAAUGAAGAAGAGGAGGAGGAGGAGGAGGAGGAUGAUCCCCGGAGUUCUGAUGAGGAGGGAGGACCAUCCCCGGUAGCCAUGACAACCGAACCAGGGCUCAUUGAGGAAACCACAGAAGAUGCUGAGAUCCAGACAGCAUCAAAGCAGGAGAGCCCCCAUCAGCAGCAGCAGCCGCAGCAACAUGGUGGCAAAGGGACAGAUUCCCUCGCCAGGACACCGUCCUCACCUGUUCAGGGAGCUUCACUGUCACAGUGUAACAGUGCACACUCGGAGGAGAGAGCUGUCCUCCCAGAUCAGCUACAUAUGGCAGCACAAAAUCAGCUGCAGAACGACAGAAUCAACCACACCUCCUCAGGCUUUAACAACUUGGAGUGUAAGACAGAGGUCGGUGUGUCGUCCUGCCUGCUCACACCCACUGCUUCCCCGAGAGACUCUGGCCUGUCUGAAGAGCGAGGGAUAAAUGGAGGAGUUAGCAGUGGAGGGUUUAUGAAGUCUGAGGGGGUCAGCGGGAGCCCGGUGGACUGGACAGUGGCUGAUGUGGUCAGUUAUUUCACAGCAGCAGGAUUCCCGGAGCAGGCUGCUGCCUUCAAGACCCAGGAAAUCGAUGGCAAGUCUCUACUCCUCAUGCAGCGUAACGAUGUUUUGACUGGCCUGUCAAUCAGGCUCGGCCCCGCCCUCAAGAUCUAUGAGCGUCAUGUAAAGGUUCUGCAGAAAACACACUUUGAGGAUGACGACUGCUAACAACACCCACACAAAAUACACACAGACUGUUAUGUUUGUAUCUAUAUAUAACUCAAGUAAUCCUAUAAAAAUGCAUGCAUGAUAUACAGUACAUUUUACUUUUCUUCUCAUGUCAAACAGCACACACACACAUACACACCUCUGUUUCCCUUCCUCCUGGCUCUCUACGACUGCUCUGGUCCAUACAUGACACACAGAAAUGAGAUUGGAUUUCCUGGACAACAAGGAUUUUCUACCAAACAGAGCACAAGUGUUGGAGGGAGAAAGCAGAUUCAUACAUUUUUAAGAUGCAAAGGUUCCAAACAGUCAUGCAAUUGCUCUCUUUUUUAAAAAAAUUUACAAUGAUCAAGCACUUUGCAAAUUCUUGAUUAAACUGUGCAAGAUG